AUGUGCCCACCAUCGCUUUCAUCAAGGGGGAGCUGGUCAUCACCACCUCCGGCUGCGCCAUCUUCAUCUAAGGUUGCCCCAGAGGGUAGAGUAAAAUUCGAAAAGAGUUCCUCCUUUCAAUCCUCCGACCACACACGCAUGCCUAUUUCGGAGAGUCUCCUCAAUACCAAGCAUCUCCUGAUCGAUGGCCAUGUAACACUCGCCUCGUAUCGUUCAAUCAUCACCGGGACCUCAAAUAAACGGGAUCAAGCUCUCAUCUUCGGCGGUGUUAUUUCCGAGACCAUGGAUAAACGCAGGGGCACUAGAGAUGAUCCAUCCGUCGACAAAGGCGGUGGACAUAGAACCAGUCGUCGUCCCGGCUCCAAGGCAGAUAAUUACCUCCCUGCCCAACCAGGCACAGACGCAGGCCUCCCCAGCACAGUCGUCGUUUCUGGGCGCCACCUUGCUUCACAACCUCCUUCCAUAGAUCGGGUCCCUGAUACUUCCGAUAUCUGGGAAAGACGCAAAUACUGGCAAGACAAGCAAGGGUUCAUAGGUGACUUUGAGGACCCCUUGGAUGUGAGAGGGAAGACGCAAAUGUCUGAGAAAUGGGCCAAGGGGAAAUAUAUGGACGGGGCUAUCUCGUUCCGCGGGGUGUUUGCGAGCACAAUGAUGAUGGAGAAGAAGUGUGAGAACUGUGAGCAAGCGGGUGCGGGGAGUGUUUGUAGGGUGCUGGUGGGUGGCGGGAAGGAAGAUCUGGAUCGCUUUGUGGGGCGUAUGAGGAAGUGUGCGCGGUGUGUUGUGAGGAGGAGAGGUUGUAGCUUGAAGGGGGUGGAGUGA